AUGCGCUGGUGGCUCGUCACCAUCCUGGGGGUGCUGAGCAGACUCGUGGGGGCCGAGAGCUGGAAUUCCCGGGAGCACAGGACACCGGGAUGCCCUCCCGGGGAGGAGCCCAGCGGGGAUCCAGGGGGGACGUGCCGAGCUUGUCCCCCCGGCACCUUCUCCCUGGGGGACACACCCUGUGCCUCUCACACCCGGUGCCGGGCCGGGAACAGGAUCCUGGUGGCCGCGGGGACAGCGGGAAGUGACAGCCGGUGCGGAGCCUGCCUGCCGGGGUUUUACAGCCCCGAAGGGGAGAGGGACCCCCGGGGCCGGUGCCUGCCCUGCGCCGCUGCCCCCCGCAGCACCCCGGGGUGCCCAGGCCGGCGGCGGGUCCGCAGCCCCGAAACGCCGGGACGGGCACUGGGAACCAACGGGACACGGGUGACUCCGAGGGGAGAGGAAGAGGAGGAGGCGGCGGCGGCGCAGGAGGCCGUGCUGACCAUCGUCCCGGUCUUCUGUGCCAUGGGAUUGCUGGGAAUCCUGGUGUGCAACCUGCUGAAGAAGAAGGGGUACCACUGCACCGCCAGCAAGGAUCCCCCGAACAUCAACCACGCUGCAAAUCUAGGCUCGGGCAACGACGACGACGACAGAAGAACCCAAAAGAACACGAAGUGGGGGGAUCUUUGCACCACUCAGCUGGCAAAGUGA